AUGUCGACCUCGAGUCAAGCCUUCGUUCAUAGCCCCGUUGCCAUAGUUGGCAUGGGAUGCAGGUUCUCUGGCGAUACAACAAGUCCACAAAAGCUAUGGGAACUGCUCGAACAAGGACGGAGUACUUGGUCCAAAAUCCCAACUUCGAGGUUCAAUGUGGGCGGCGUAUUUCACCCUGAUGGCCAGAGGGUUGGUUCGACCCAUGUGAAGGGCGGGCAUUUUCUUGACGAAGAUCCUGCUUUGUUCGAUGCUUCGUUUUUCAAUAUGACCAGUGAAGUCGCUAGGGAUAUGGAUCCGCAUCAUCGCUUGAUGUUAGAGGUUGUCUAUGAGGCUCUUGAAAGUGCUGGCAUUCCUCUCGAAAGUGCCGCAGGAACCAACACAGCGGUAUUUGGCGGCAUCAUGUACAAAGACUAUCACGAUUCGCUCAACCGCGACCCGAAAUCUCUGCCUCGCUAUUUCAUCACGGGCAAUGCGGGUGCGAUGGUAGCAAACCGCAUAUCGCACUUUUUCGAUCUGCGUGGCCCCAGCGUUACCAUCGACACUGCGUGUUCCACGACACUGACUGCUCUCCACCUGGCGUGCCAGAGCUUGCGUGCGGGAGAGUCGGAGAUGGCCGUUGUGGUUGGUGCAAACCUGAUGUUGAACUCGGAUGUCUUCGUGACCAUGUCCAAUCUCGGGUUCCUGUCCCCCGACGGCAUCUCGUAUGCUUUUGACUCUCGCGCCAAUGGAUACGGUCGUGGUGAAGGAGUGGCCGCUAUCGUGUUGAAAGCGCUCCCAAAAGCGUUGGCCGACCACGACCCUGUCAGAACCAUCAUCCGGGAAACGGCGCUGAAUCAAGACGGGAAAACACCAGCCAUCACCGCCCCCAGCGACAUGGCACAGGAACAGCUCAUACGAGAGUGCUACAACAGAGCUGGGAUCGACACAUCGCAGACGUCUUACAUCGAGGCUCAUGGGACUGGAACACCCACAGGGGAUCCCUUGGAGAUUUCGGCCAUAUCAAGAGCAUUUCGGGGUCAGCCUUUGCAUGUCGGCUCUGUCAAGGCCAACAUUGGACAUACAGAAGCUGCUAGUGGUCUGGCGGGCAUCAUAAAAGUGGCAUUAUCCCUGGAGAAGGGCCUGAUGCCCCCCAGCCCCCGGUUUCUAAGACCCAACAAGAAGUUGAUGCUGAAGGAGAAGAAUAUCAAGGCGCGUCUCCCUCCCCAUUUAAUGAAUCGCACAUGCGAGGCUAACAUUAAACAGCUCCUCUCGAGCGCCCAACCUUGGCCGCUGGAAGAUGGUAUCCGUCGCGCAUCUGUCAAUAACUUUGGUUUCGGAGGCUCCAACGCCCAUGUUAUUCUCGAGUGGCAUAACCCAGACUCUCAGGACCGGGACCAAACCAACGGAUCUGCAACAGUCAAUGCAGCAUCCGGCCCAGCUCGUAUCUACAUUCUCAGUGCAAAAGACGAACCGGCGUGUAAGCGCAUGAUAUCGAACCUACGGAAUUACAUCGAAAAUGCCGACUCAACCCAGGAGAGAAACCUACUCGCUAGUCUCGCAUACACUCUCGGGUCUCGUCGCUCGGCUCUCCCGUGGAAAACUGUAUUUGCGGCUGACAGCAUCGAUGGCAUCUUGUCCAGUCUAGACGGCGGCCAAAACCAGCCCGAAAGAUCCAGCAAAGAGAUCCGCGUUGGUUGGGUGUUCAGCGGCCAGGGGGCGCAAUGGCACGCCAUGGGCCGGGAACUGGUCAAGGCUUACCCGGUGUUCAAGACGGCGAUCCUUGAAUGCGAUUCCUACAUCAAGGAAAUGGGAGCAACAUGGACAAUCAUGGAUGAGCUCCACCGCGACGAAGAGACGACACGGGUGAAUGAUGCCGAGUUCAGCCUGCCGCUGUCAACCGCUAUUCAGAUCGCAGUCGUGCGUCUGUUCUGGUCAUGGGGGAUUCGACCCACAGGCAUCACCAGUCAUUCCAGCGGAGAAGCCGCAGCAGCUUUCGCAGCUGGCGUCUUGUCGGCUCGAUCUGCGAUUGGCAUCACCUACAUCCGAGGUGCUUUGACGCGUAAGGGCAAGUCGACAUCCGGUCCCAAGGGCGGCAUGAUGGCCGUGGGCCUUGGCAGAAGCGAGGCGGAUGACUACAUCUCUCGUGUCAUCGGAGACAACAAAGCCAAGCACUUGGUGGUGGGAUGUGUUAACAGCCCAUCCAGUGUCACUGUCUCGGGCGACCUGCCUGCCAUUGCAGAGUUUGAGCACCUGCUACAUGCUGACAAAGUCUUUGCCAGGAAGCUCAAAGUCACUGAAGCAUUCCACUCUAGUCACAUGAAGCCAAUGGCAGCCGAAUUUGCGACGUUGCUGGUUGGGCUGCUUGAGGCGAACGAUGUCGACCUGGCGACAACACCUAGUUCGAUGGUCUACUCGUCUCCUAAGACGGGAAGACGUAUGAGCAGCUUCGAACCUUUAUUGGUUCCCAGCCACUGGACAGAGAGUAUGCUUCAAGCCGUCGAGUUCGAGUCCUCCUUUAUCGAGAUGUGCUGGGACCCCAAGACGAAAGAGCAAUGUGUCGACGUCGUUGUUGAAAUCGGACCUCAUGGGGCACUGGGCGGUCCCAUAACGCAAAUCAUGCAGAAGCCGGAGCUUGGAGGAGCGUCAGUCUCCUAUCUCAGUUCUCUUUCUCGCGGGAAAUGCGCCGUGGGCACCACACAGGGCGUUGCCACGGCGCUCAUGCGGCAAGGGUAUCGUUUGGAGAUGGACGCCAUCAACUUUCCCCACGGUCGAGAUGACGCCAAAGUCAAGGUUCUUCACGACCUGCCGACGUACUCUUGGAGCCACCAACUCCGAUACUGGAGAGAACCGCGCAACAGUCGGGCUCUCAGGCAGAACGAGCACCCGCCACACCAUCUCAUCGGAUCGCGAGACCCGCUAUCGCCAUUUUCCUCUCCAACCUGGACGAACACGCUCCGGAUGUCUGACAUUCCGUGGGUUCGGGAUCACGUCGUUGGAUCCGACAUCGUCGUCCCUGGUGCCGGGUUCAUCUCCAUGGCCAUUGACGCAAUGUCUCAAGCUCAUCAGCCAAACCCGGACGAGAAGACAUUCUUCAACCUACGGGAUGUGGAUCUCAUGCAGGCUCUCGUACUGCCUGUCGACGCAGAGCUGGACGUGGAUUUGCGCCUGGCCAUUCGCCCUUGUGAUGAAAAGUCUCUAGGGGUCAAGGGGUGGUACGCAUUUUCUGUCCACUCCAUCUCUGGAGAGAAGAACAUCUGGACCGAGCAUUGCACCGGGCUGAUCCGGAUCGAGAAGCAUGACCGAACCAGCUGGGACGCUCCGGAUUUGCCGGCGCUGAAGAUGAUGGAUUCGACAGUGUAUAGCCGCAAGACGGAUCCAAAGAUCCUCUGGGAAUCUCUGCACGAGACGGGAAUAUGUCACGGUCCCAUCUUCCAGAACAUCUCACAGAUUCGGAGCAGCGGACGGUUGUCCCUCUGCACUUUCCAGGUCGCCGACACUGCCUCUAUCAUGCCAUGCUCUUACGAGAGUCAGCACAUAGUGCACCCGACUACGUUGGACUCGGCUAUCCAGGCGGCAUACUCUCCACUUGUCUCGACCGGCAAGAGAUUGAAGGCCGCUCUGGUACCAAGACGGCUCAAGAAGCUAAAAGUAGCAUCUACCCUCUUCAACUUCGGGGCUGGAUCCGUGCUGGGUGCGCAAGUCUGCCUGAAGAAACAGUCUUCUCAGUCGUUUUCCGCAGACUUGGCCGUGUUUGAUGGCGUGACCAUCGACGACAACCCUUCUACCCCAGACGUACUGAUCGAGAUCGAGGGCCUUUCCUUUCAGUCUCUUGGAGUAAGUUUAUCGGGAAAAAGCAUGGAUUCCGACGGUGGUGGGGAUACUAGGAGCUCUUGGUCAUGGGCCCCAGAUGUCACUUUGAUGGACUCCGGCCGACUGAGCAGUCAGUUGAGCGCUGAAGCUGAGCCACAGGAAAAGGAUCUUAUAAUGGACCUCCGACGGUGCACAAUCCACUUCGUAACGGAAGCAAUGGAACAGCUAACGACCGACGAUAUCGAACGACUAGACGGCCACUGGAAAAAGUUUCACCAUUGGAUGACGGCACAGUUUGCGCUCGCCCGCGAGAACCGGUUGGGCCCCGGAAGCUCCAGCUGGCUCCUCGAUGAUGCCGAGCAUAAAGCGAGCGUAAGAUCCAGAGUCGUGGAAGGCGGCGUCAACGGCGAGAUGAUAACUCGUUUGGGACCUCAGCUGCUUCCAAUGUUGCGUGGCCAGGUCGAGCCCCUCGAGCUGAUGAUGGAGGGGCGGCUCCUGUCCAGAUACUACGUCGAGGCGCUCAAGUGGAAACGGUCCAACACGCAGGCGAGCGAGCUCAUCAAACUACUUUCACACAAAAACCCCCGAUGCCGUAUCCUGGAGGUCGGAGGAGGGACGGGAGGCUGCACGGAACUCAUACUGAGUGCGCUGGGAGAUUCCAAGCCCGUGGAUCGCUACGACUUCACCGAUGUCUCAGCCGGCUUCUUCGAACCUGCGCGUGAGCGGUUUGCAGACUGGCAAGACGUGAUGACCUACAGCACUUUGGACAUCGAGAAGGACCCGGCGAGCCAGGGGUUCGAGUGUGCCUCCUACGACAUCGUCGUGGCCUGUCAGGUCCUGCACGCGACCACCAACAUGAAGCGGACCCUAAGCAACGUUCGGAAACUUCUCAAGCCAGAGGGGAAGCUCGUUCUCGUUGAGACCACCAACGACCAGCUCGACUUGUUCUUCACCUUUGGACUACUGCCAGGCUGGUGGCUUAGCGAGGAGGAAGAACGACAGCUGACGCCAUCACUCACCCCUGACUUGUGGCGCACGAUGCUGAGUGCGAGCGGCUUCAACGGCGUGGAGCUGGAAGUCCGUGACUGCAACGAUACGGACUUCUACAUGAUCAGCACAAUCAUGUCCUCAGCCACAGCCGAGCCUGUGACGGCUGAUACGGACUCGUCCUCGGACGCCGUUCUGGUGUACGGCGACCGCCCUCCUCCUUCGGAGUGGCUGAACGAUCUACAAUCAUCUGUCGCAGGCGCCACAACUACAGGCUCCGCGCCGUCUAUAGCUUCGCUCGACGAAGCAGAUGUAGCUGGCAAGACGGUCAUAUUCCUCGGCGAAAUGCAGCAGAAUCUUCUCUCGAGCAUGGAAACCGACGCCUUUUCGCGAGUCAAGUCGAUGCUGAUGGACUCCAGAGCCGUCAUCUGGGUGGCUAGGGGAGCGACCAUGGCCUGUGAUGAUCCCAGGAAGGCUCUGCAUGUCGGCCUGUUGCGAACUCUGCGAAACGAGACCAACGGGAAACCAUGCAUCUCGCUCGACAUCGAUCCCUCGCGCGACCCGUGGACCCCCGAGACGAUCGAUGCCAUCCGCGAGGUCUUCCGCACAUCCCUGGGCGCGGCCAACCAACACUCGGAUUUCGAAUAUGCAGAGAGAGGCGGCAUCAUUCAUGUCUCGCGCGCCGUCAACAGUCCUGGCUGGAGAUCCUUUGAUACAGCCGAGGCCACGCUGAAGCCUUUCAAGAGCAGUCCAGGCAGCCGACUUAGGAUGCACGUCGAAAGACCGGGGCUUUUGGAUUCGCUCUGCUUCCGGGAAGAGAAAAUCCCGGAUCUCCCGGCCAACUGGGUCGAAAUCGAACCGGUCACGUUUGGGUUGAACUUCACGGAUAUCAUGGUCGCCAUGGGUCAGAUUAAGCAAGAUCCCGAGCCCUUUAUGGGAUUCGAGUGUGCUGGCGUGAUCACGAUGCUGGGAGAAGCAGCAGCGGCCGAACGGGGACUCAAGGUGGGUGACCGUGUCUGCGCGCUGCAAAGAGGACACUGGGCAACGAGGGUUCAAACCCCGUCGACCAACGUCGUCCUCAUCCCCAGUGGCAUGAGCUUCGAGGACGCGGCCUCGAUCCCCCAGGCCUUCGCGACCGCCUACAUCUCCCUCUUCACGACGGCGAACCUGCGGAAGGGAGAAAAGGUCCUCAUCCACAGCGGCGCGGGCGGCGUCGGCCAGGCCGCCAUCAUGCUCUCGCAACUGGCGGGCGCCGAGGUUUUCGUCACGGCGGGAACCCAAGCCAAGCGCGAUUUUGUCUGUCGAAAGUUCGGCAUCAGCCCGGACCACGUCUUUUCAAGCCGAGACGCCUCUUUCGUCGACGGGAUCAGGGAGUGUACGGGCCGCGAGGGCGUGGACGUGGCCCUGAACUCGUUGGCAGGCCAUCUUCUGCAGGCAACAUUUGACUGCAUGGCCGAGUUUGGCAGGUUUGUCGAGAUUGGUCAGAAGGACCUGGAGCAGGACAGUCGGCUGAGCAUGCAUACCUUCAUGCGGAACGUGUCUUUCCAGUGCGUUGAUCUCCUCGCCUGGGAGAGGGCCAAGGGGGACGCGGUCCAAGAGGCGUUGAAGCACAUCAUGAAGCUCCUGGAGGACAAGCAACUUGGCCUAGUCGACCCGGUAUCGGCAUACCCCAUUUCCGACAUCGAAAAGGUGUUCCGAACCAUGCAGGGCGGCCAGCACGUGGGCAAGCUCGUCGUGACGGUAUCGGAGAAGGAUCUGGUCCCGGUGCGUAGGGGUGCGUCGCCGCUCAGGUUGAGACCCGACGCAUCGUACCUCGUCGUGGGAGGCCUCGGAGGGAUCGGGCGGAGGAUCUGCGAGUGGCUCGUCGACCACGGCGCCAGGAACCUGAUCAUCCUAUCCCGGAGCAGCGCGGAGCGCAGCCCGUUCGUGGCCAGUCUGGAGCAGCGCGGCUGCGUCGUGCUGCAUCACGCGUGCGACGUGGCGGACGAGGGACAGCUCAAGGCGAUGCUCCAGCGGCGCGAGCAGGAGAAGAUGCCGCCCAUCCGGGGCGUCCUGCAGUGCGCAAUGGUGCUCCGGGACGCCCUCUUCACGCAGAUGACGGCGGACGACUUCAACGCGGCGCUGCGGCCCAAGGUGCAGGGGAGCUGGAACCUCCACGAGACCGUUGCCCAGGACGUCGACUUCUUCGUCAUGCUGUCCUCCCUCGUCGGCGUCAUGGGAGGCGCGGGCCAGGCCAACUACGCGGCCGCCAGCGCUUUCCAGGACGCCCUCGCGCAACAUCGCAGAGCCCAGGGCAAGCCGGCCACGACCAUCGACCUCGGCAUGGUCAAGUCCAUGGGGUACGUUGCCGAGGCUGGCCAGUCAAUCUCGGAGCGUCUCGUGAGGAUCGGCUACAAAGCUCUGCACGAAGAGGAUGUCUUGCUGCUGCUCGAAAAGGCCAUCUUGUCCCUUUCCCCGCCUUCGAGCUCAUCGGACCCGUCGCAGGGGGUUGUUAUCACAGGCAUAAACGCAUCGAGGGGAGCCCACUGGUCCGAGGCCCGCUGGAUCCAGGAGGCUCGCUUCGCGGGGCUCAAGUAUCGUGAGGCCACCGUACAGGGAAGCCGGGUCGCGGGGUCCUCCAGCCAGCAGGGCCACGACGACAUACGCGGGGAGCUUGGCCGCGCGGCCUCCUACGACGAGGCGAUGGGUGUCGUUCUGCGAGAGAUGUCGCGCAAGCUGAUGAGGAUGUUCGGACUCGCAGAAGACGACAUGUCGGCGUCCAAGAGUCUCACGUCCAUCGGCGUCGACUCGCUAGUCGCCAUCGAACUGCGUACCUGGAUCACAUCGCAGCUCAACGUCGACGUGCCCAUCUUCGAGCUGAUGGAGGGGAACACGGUGACCGGCCUGGCUGAGGUGGUGGUGAGGAAAUUGGGCCAUGUCAAGGCGGAUCAUCAGUCUUAGAAGUCGGCGGUGCGGACAAUAGGUAGAGCUGAGUGGGAAUGCUUCUUGAUCAGCGAGCAGGAUAGGGGUAGAUAGGCUGUUUUUUCGUCUCGUCACAUAUGAAUCAUAC